AUUCGAUCGUUUUUCUCUUUCAUUUGAACUGAAGACUGUUUCAUCUUCCCGCAGAAAAUAGGGUGUCGAAUCUGUCUUAUAACCUCCGUUAUAUUUAUUACUACUUAAAGAUCGAAGAUGUAUUUCUUAUGAUAAUUGUGAUUUUAUUUGUGCGAAGGUUGUUCUAAGUGAUGUUGUGUAAGAUCAACCGUGUUCUUGCGGUCAUUCUGUAGCAUUUUUAAAAAUUAAACAUGGCCUCGAACCGUGGAAUUCAGAUUGGAUCCGCGUGGUUUCAACGGAAGCUAAACUUAAGACCGCAACACCGAGGCGUGCACCUUGUUACCGAGGAAAUCCUCAAGCAGGUGCCCGAGCUGUCUCAGUUUGCGGUUGGACUUUGCCAUAUCCAAAUAAUGCAUACUUCAGCAAGUUUGGCACUCAAUGAAAGUUGGGAUCCUGAUGUUAGAGACGACAUGGAGAUGAUGCUUAACAAAAUAGUACCAGAAGGCCUUCCUUAUCGUCACUCUUGUGAAGGACCUGAUGAUAUGCCAGCACAUGUGAAGGCAUGUUUCUUAGGAUCAUCUCUAACUAUCCCAAUCACAGACGGCAAGUUAAAUCUUGGAACAUGGCAAGGAGUUUGGUUAUGUGAACAUCGGAAUCACGCUGGCAGCCGAAAGGUUGUGGUAACCCUGUCUGGUUGUCCACGCGACUCCCCCCUGUCGCCGGUGUCCGCCGCCUCUUGCUCCAGUUAGGAAAGGGGGGGGGGCGCGACCCCCCACACGCACUCUCACUCGCGCCCCUCCUCCAAGAGCACGCGGAGGUAAACCCCGCGUAACACCUUUUAUAUCCCACACAUAAACUAGAUAUUAGUCCUUAUUCUUACCUUAAAAUGACAAUAUGUACAUAAGAUAAAUAUUAUGUAACGCUUUGCAUGGCAGUUUGCAUGGGCCUCUUCCUUCAUCUGUGCUUUAACGGUCAAAAUAUUUUUAUUUAAUCCGAUGCAUUAUAAUCCUUAACAUCCUCAUAUAUAUUUGAAUUUAUUAUUGCUAAACUACAAUUCCAAUGUAGUAUUAUUCCGCCUCACUGCCAAAUUGCCAUGCAAUGUAUAAAGCCCUAUUAAUGUUAUGUUCAUUUAACAUGAGCUGAACCUGUUUGUACAUAAGUAUAAUGUACGACAAUUUUAAAGUAUACAUGAAGAAAUUAAAUUGUUGUUUUGUUAUUGCAACUUGUCGAUAAUGUACAUAGAUCACGCGUGGACAUUGUAACAUUCCGCUUUGUAGGUUCGGUUGUUAAACAGUUUGAUGUGACAUAUUUUUGAAUAUAAAUAAGUGCAAUGUGUAUGUAUGGUUGUCAAAAUUAAUUAAUUUGAAUGAAUUGUCUAUUUCCACCAUGCACUUGUUUAAAUUUUCAAAAAGCCCACUUCGGAGGUACACUAUGUUUCUUUUGUCAAAACACAAUGUAACACUUUUUACAUCUGACACUGAUUUUAUUACACAAACUUUGUCUGUAAUGGCACUGGUUAAUUGUUCAUGUAAGUUUAUAAGGUGCAUAUAAAUAGCUAUUUAGUUAAGUGCAUCUAAAACCUUUCUUUCUUCAUUUUUAGGUUAGAUAUUAAUAUAUAGAACAUGAAACAUGUCCAUAGCUUUAAAUGUGUCGCACUCGUUGUAUCAACGGGUCAUCUGCAUGAUGAUUGGGAGUGAGGAAAAAUCACCAAUUAGUAUAUAGUAGUAAUAUCAUUAUUUGAUAAGAUCAUUUAAGUGCCUCGAGUCCUUUGGGGUGGUCACGUGUUCAUUUGCAGACAUGUUUCAUGCACUUUGGAUAUGUUGGAAAUUGAAUUGAUGGACUGAUUCCUUUCCGUAUACAUAUAUAUGUAAAUGCAAUAAUUGUAUGUUGUUUUAACUUGUUAUGUUCAGUAAUAAUCACUUUUAAAGGUAUGAUAAUAUUUAUCAAUCAUGUUUAACAAUGUCGGUUGUUUUGUGUUGCACAUUGAAAGCAUAUAUAUGUAUAGUUGUACGUCUUCCUAUGUAAGUUCAUCAAAUAAGAUCCAGAUUAGUGUAAUUAUGGAGAUAAAGUUACUGAAAUAUGUGAACGGUAUUAGGGUAUGGCAACACCUCUAUAUCCGGCCACAAUAUAAUUUAGGCUGUAACAAUAUUAUGAUAGGAAGCUUCAGUACCAAAUCAUUGGUGGCUUAGACGAGUAUAGGUGUUAAUAUAGAAGAGUAAAAUGGAUUAACCAAUAGCAAAUGUCGUUUUUAUACGAAUCGAAAUGUAGAAUAUAUUGUGACGUUUCUUAACGAGUCAAAAAUAUGUUUGUAAAAUCAUUAUAUUCUUAUUAUGACGGAUGUUUGAAUUUUCUUGUUUCCUGAAAUUACAUUGACAAGAGCUUUAUAUUGAAAUGCAAUAGUUAUUAUUCAAUCAAUAUUUUCAGUUUGAAAUUUUGAAUCCAUUGUCAUUGCUUUUAUUGCACAAUGUAACUGAGGAAAUAGGUUUUAAAGAAAUAUAAAUAGUACAAUAUGGGUUAGGUAGUUCAUUGCAUUGUCUGCGGGAGUGACUGGGAUCUCUUGUAUUGCCCAUCCGGGGACAAUUUAUACACGCACAAAGAGGGCAGGCCGCAGACGCGUAAUUAUUCUUUUGAUACUGCAUUGUACAAAGAGUAGAUGACACAGACAUGAUUCGUUUUCCCGCCGACCAUUUUAAUCUUUGUCUCAUCUUCAUAUUAAAACUUUUGUUUUUCUUGUAUACCCAAUGUCAUAUUAAGUUUUCAUAAUGAUCUUGUUUGCAUCAACAAUAUAUUCGAUAUAUAUCUAUGUAUGCUUAUCAAUACAAGUUCGUAAUAAUUAAGCACAAAUUAACAAUUAAUUUUUCACUUAGAUCGCCUUGGUAAUAUUUCACAUUUUGUCUUUUGGAUAGGAUUUUUGGAUGUGGGUCGGAGCUGGUUUGAUAAGUGCUUUUUAACAAUAUUUAAGGUUUGUAUAUAUUUUUUGCAAUAAAAUAACAUGUAUGUACAACAAUAUUCAUGUAAAUAAUAUUUAUUCAUGUAUAAAAGAUGUUGAGUGCUGUUUGUGUAUGGGUGUAAUGCCACUGCCAUAAACAAAUUUGCCUCUAUACAAUAUUAUAUUGAGUAUGAAUAUUAUUUUGGCAUGUUAUUGUCAAUUCGAUGUUUUUUUAUUAAGUCACUACCUUAUAAAUAUAUAUGUAGGUAUAGGUAAAUAGUAAGUUUUCCAAAGUGAAAUGGCUGUAGCGACUGGUUCGCUUAGAUUUAUCUAACAUUCCUUUUUAUACAUACAUUUAUCCAUACAUUCCUUAGUGUCCACGGGCAUUGAUAAUUUUUAGUUUGUAAUGCCCUGUUAUAUCAGGGUCAAAAUUAUGAAGUACAUUCUAUAUACUCAUAUUUAUUUCCCAUAAAAUAAAAAAAAAGUUUUCGACAUUUUUGAUUUUUGUUUAAAAUGUUUAUCAAACUUAUAAUUUUUUUAUU